GGAAUAAUGUCCAUCGAAUUUCUUUUCCUUUUAGAUAAGGAUAGAUAUCUAUUUUAGAUUUUGCCUACCCCACCCUAGAAAGAACAAAGCCCCAAUAGUCUCCGCAUAUGUGGAAUUUUAACUGUUCUGAACUCCUCUGCAGCGUUCAUGGAAUGCUCGUCACACCGAGCAAGGCUCAGGCUGAACUGCUCAUUCUUCUUCUUCUUCCCUCUCCAAUCGAGCAGCAGAUGGCCGCCAUUCAGACAGCAUCAAUUAACAGUCGACUGCUCCGACUUAAGCCCCAACUGACUCAAUUCGAGCUCCUCGACCAGAUUUGUCGCCUGUUAAUUCUCCGGCGCUAUGACGCCCUGGACAGCCUCAAAUUUGAUUUUUCCAACUCCCUCGUUGAGGCCGUUCUCAGGAAACUCAAGUUCAACCCGGAAGCUUCCCACUAUUUCUUUAAACUAGCCUCGAAGCAGCAGUACUACAGACCCCAUUUCACAGCUUAUUGCAUAAUCGUUCACAUAUUGUCUAAAGCUAGAAUGUUCGAGGAGACACGAUUUCUCUUGGAUGAGCUUGUGGAACUCUCCAGUCAAAAUGAACCAACGUCGCUUGUUUGGAACCGGUUAGUUAGAGUUCAUAAAGAAUUCAAAUUUUCUCGGACAGUUUUUGAUAUGGUUCUUAAAGUUUAUGCGAAGAAGGGGUUAAUUAAGAAUGCUUUAUAUGUGUUCGAUAAUAUGCCCAUGAGUGGCUGUAUGCCGAGCUUACUCUCAUGUAAUAGUUUGUUGAGUUGUUUGGUGAGAAAACGUGAAUAUCAUACUGCAUUGUGUGUUUAUGAUCAGAUUAUUAGAAUUGGAAUUUCUCCGGACAUAUACACUUGCACAACAAUAGUAAAUGCCUACUGUAAGGAUGGUAGAGUUGAAAGAGCUGAGGACUUUAUUCAUAAAAUGGAUGCAAUGGGUUUAGAUGCAAAUAGAGCUACUUACCAUUGUUUGAUCAAUGGGUAUGUUGAGAAGGGUGAUUUGAAGGGAGCUGAAAGAGCUUUGAGAUUAAUGAUUGAAAGAGGAAUAUCCAAGAACAUUUUGACAUAUACAUUGCUAAUCAAGGGACAUUGCAGGCAGGGGAAUAUGGAGGAAGCAGAGAAAGUAUUCCGAGGAAUGGAGGUUCCAGAAAACGAUGCACUAGUUGUGGAUGAGCAGGUCUAUGGUGUAUUAAUAGACGGGUUUUGUCAAAUCGGGAGACUAGAUGAAGCCCUCAGGUUUCGUGAUGAGAUGAUAAACUUAGGCUUGAAAAUAAACCUAUUUAUUUGCAACUCUUUUAUAAAUGGUUAUUGCAAAUUCGGUCAACUUCAUAAAGCCAAAGACAUAAUAAGGACGAUGGUUGGAUGGGGUGUGAGACCAGAUUCUUAUAGCUAUAAUACCUUAUUAGAUGGGUAUUGCAGGGGUGGUUUGAAAAGUGAAGCAUUGAACCUAUGUGAGGAAAUGAUUCAAGUUGGUAUUGAACCAACACAUGUAACAUACAAUACUCUCUUGAAUGGUUUUUGUCAAUCCGGUGCUAUCAGUGAAGCUUUGGAUCUCUGGCAUAUGAUGCUUGAAAGAGGUAUUUCAUUUGAUGAGGUUAGUUGUGGUACUCUUUUUCUUGGGCUUAUUAAGGCCAAUGAGUUUGAAACAGCUACAGUGUUGUAUAAACACAUUAUGGCUAGAGGGUUUAAUAAAAACACAAUUCUUUUCAAUACAAUGGUUCAAGGACUGUGUAGGAUGGGAAAAAUGAUUGAAGCAGAAGAGCUUCUUGACAAAAUGAAGGAGUUUGGCUGUUCACUUGAUGUGAUUACUUAUAGAGCCUUAAUUGAAGGUUACUGUAAAGACGGACAAACCGAAAGAGCUUUGAGGGUAAAGAAAGUCUUGGAACAGCAAGGAAGCCUCCCUUCUAUUGAAAUGUACAAUUCUCUGGUUACUGGAUGUUUUUUGGCUAGGAAGUUGAAUAAAGUUGAAGAUCUUAUCAAUGAAAUGCACACAAGGGGAAUACUGCCCAACGUUGUUACGUACGGUGCCCUUAUUAGCGGAUGGGUUAAGGAAGGGAAGCUUGACAAAGCUUUUGAUUCAUAUUGUGGGAUGACAAGUAAGGGACUGAUUCCGAAUGAGAUCAUAUUCAGCACAAUUAUUAGUGGCUUAUAUAGACAUGGCAUGACUAAUGAUGCAUUCAUGUUGUUGCAAAAAGUAUUGAGCAUUGAUAAUAGUCUGAAACUUAAAUGUCUUAAUGACUUUUCAACUCCCCACUUCAUAUCAUUAGAUGUUCGAAAGAUUGCAAAUUCCAUUGAUGAGGGGUCAAAAUAUUCUGUCGUGCCCAAUACCAUUCUAUAUAAUCUUGCUGUGGUAGGGUUAUGCAAAAUUGGUCGGAUAAGUGAUGCAAGAGAAAUGAUUGUUGCUUUGAUAAAAAAAGGCUUUGUACCAGAUGAGUUUACAUAUUGUACCUUGAUACAUGGUGUAUCAUUAGCUGGUAAUGUUGAUGAGGCUUUCGCAUUACGAGACGAAAUGCUUAAAAAGGAUCUUGUUCCUAACAUUGCUAUAUAUAAUGCUCUCAUCAACGGACUUUGUAAAACUGGACAUUUUGAUAGAGCACUGAAACUUUUUCAUAAGCUGCGCUCAAAAGGCAUAACCCCCAAUGCUAUAACCUAUAAUACUUUGAUUGAGGGGCACUGCAAAAAUGGUAAUACAAGGGAAGCCCUUGGAUUGAAAGGCAGAAUGUUAAAAGAGGGGAUUGCCCCUUCCGUGAUUACUUAUUCUUCUUUGAUUAAUGCUCUGCGUAUACAAGGUGAUGCAAAUGAAGCAACAAGAUAUUUAGAUGAAAAGCUAAGGGCAAGUGUAGGCUUUGACCUUGUGACAUAGAGCAAAUACAGUGGACUGGACUUAUUCUCACGUGAUUUUGAAUCCCUUACUCAUUUGGCUGAGAUAAAAAGGCUUAUUAUUAGCUGAUAUAUGGAUGAUGUUCAAGGAAUUGAUUAGUAUCAGUAAAUUUGAUUACUUCAAGGAGAGAAAAACAUUAUCUAUGGAUCUAUUAGUGAUAAGGGGUAGAAAUGGUCACAACUGCCCCAGCAAUGUUGCUUCAAGAAUAUUAUACUCCGUAUAUAUUAUACGGUGAUGUACUGAUGUUCCACCUGGAAAUAUUUGGCCUUUUUCAAAGGUGAAGGCUCCACAGGGGGAUUGGUUCCAUUGGUAGCAAUUUGUCAAAUCACUCACAAAUACAAAACAAGUAGAAGAUCUUCCAAACGAAGGUUAGCAUUCACUCCAGACGUACUCCGUAAUUUAAUAGUUUUUGGUCAGCGGCAGGGGCUUGGAGAAGAUAACUCGUUUGGCCGCAGAAUUGAAGGGCGUGCAGGCCUGGAUUCAACUCAAAGUAUGUCCCUGGUGCUCUCUGAUGGAGACUGCCUUCAACUCCUUUGGCCACAAAGUGAUUGCAGACUGGCCGGAAUCCUUGGGAAGGCAGGUCACGAGGGUUCUUCACUCGUUUUGAAGCCCUGCGUGCAUCUCUGAUGGAAACCCUCCCGUCGCGAGAUGGCUAGAUCCGGAUCGGUCCCAGAUUGGGGGUUCUUUCAUUACAGCUCUGGAAAUCGUCAGGGUGAGCAGUUUCAGAUCUGCCUGUGAUAGAGAGCAGGGAGGUGCAUGUUGGGUGAGGAAGGAAGCGCCUUAGAUGGGUAGACCGAUGUGCAUACUACAGAAGCACGCCAGAUUAUUAGCUGAAUUACCGCAAACACCAUUGACCUCGACGACAGCAAGUAAUCUUACUACGAGCAGCUAAUAAGGAGCGGAAUUUCCAUCGCUGUCGUCCUGUAGACUCCAACCAUGUGCAGCUCCACCUCCGCGAAGGCCGUAAACUCUGGCCGUCAAUUGGAAACUGCAAUCUACUGCCACGUAAUUGGAGUACGACCUCAACGAUGAUGCUUGUUGCUCGUGAGCGGCGCAGGGCAGCCUGAAUGAGAUCGAUUUUGAAGAUGAGUUGAGGAAUAUGUUUGGAGAAUCCAUGCCAGUUCUGAAUGAGACCGAUUUUGAAGGCUUCCUAAUGGUGAGUGCUUAGUAUAUGUUCCUCUUUCUUUUAACCAUUUUAGCUUGUUAUCAUACUGUGUUAGUUGUGGAAUUGGAAUUCUGGAUAUUUGAAGUUUACUUAAUCUAAUGGGGAGAAGGCAGUUUGAUUGAACUACUUCUAGUUGGAAAAGAAGUGACGAGGAAUGACAUUUUUUUCAGAGCUAAAGCAGUUUGUAUGUGAUUUCUGAACUGCACCCAUCAAUUUCAUUUGUACGUACUUCUUCUUCUUCUUCUGCUCUGUUUUUUCUCAGUGAAAAGUUUCAAUUGGAGUUGUAAAUUUUGUAAGAUUAUUAAUUAUAUGGUACAAAAGAUCCUUUCAUAUGGUGGCAGAUGUAUUCGUGCAGCACUGGCGACAAGAAGCUGUAAUCUAUUUUGCUCAUGCUUGAUAGCCACAAGAAGCUUUAGUCUAUUAACAUUUCCUGGCAGCUUAUUUAAUUUUACCUUGGGGUUAUGUCUAGAAUAAUACUAAAAAAAGAGCUAUGGACUAAAAAGAGACCUUUUUUUCACUUUCCAAAAAUGGGACUAAAAAGGGGAUUAAGCCUUAAUUACCCUCCUUAAAUAUUCAACCAUGCAUCGGCUUAGCUUUAGACACACUCCGUAAUGUUGUUGCCUUAAUGUUGUUGUAUUCCAUAAGAAUGCAUUAUGUACUCAACUAAUCAUUAAUGCUUUUUUUAUUUUAAAAUUAUUUCUCAUUUCUCAAGAGAGACAUUAUGUAAUUGGAUAUAGAAUUAUAUGUGUAUUAAAUAUUUAAUUUUUGACACUAUA